AUGCCAUUGCGUCCGCGUGGCUCCAUCUUACAUGGCCGCCCCGUCGAGAAACAACGCCGGUGCCACGCGGGUUCUUUGACCACGAUGAAACGCAGCCUUGCUAUCAAGAUCUUCCUCUUGACUUCAUCUCUAAAAUCCCUCACCAUUUAUCUUUAAUCAACUGAUUUUGAGGUACACCGAAACUGGUUGGCCAUCACCCACAGUCUUCCCCUGAGACAGUGGUAUACAGAAGACACAUCAGAAUGGACUCUUGACUACCCUCCCUUGUUUGCCUGGUUUGAAUGGUGUCUCAGCCAUGUGGCCUGGUUCUUUGAUCCAGAUAUGCUCCAUGUUCAGAAUCUCAACUAUGUAUCACGUGGCACUAUUCUUUUUCAAAGACUGUCUGUCAUUAUGGCAGAUGCCAUCCUUGCUGUUGGUGUGUAUAGAUUAUGCAACCACUUGAAGACAUUGAAGAGUCUUCAGAAAAGAAGAAGCCUGGGAGUGGAGGAGAAUAUGCAAGACUGUGACUGGCUCUAUCCUCAUCUGCUGCUCAGUGGAUCACUCUUCCUAUGUGGACAAGGUAGAGUCAUGUCUUCACCUCAUUUUUUUCAGGACUGGGCUUUGACAUCUGCUUUGUGGUUCUCUAUCUUGCUGAAUUUGAAGCACAUAUACUUGUAUGUGGCACCUGUGUAUUUUGUCUACCUUCUCCGAAGACAUUGCAUGUCAGAGAAAGGAUUCAACUUCACCAAGUUUCUUGGCUUGGGGGCUACAGCUAUCUCAGUCUUUGCAAUAGCCUUUGGCCCCUUCAUCUAUAUGGGUCAGGGCCAACAAGUCUUGAGACGUCUUUUCCCUUUCAAGAGAGGAUUGUGUCAUGCAUACUGGGCACCUAACUUCUGGGCUCUAUAUAAUACUGCAGAUAAAACUCUCAGCAUCUCAGGUGGGUGCUCUAGGAUAGGUCGCUUGCUGGGUUAUGAUGUGCCACUGGAGAAAGGCGUUAUGACAGGAGGCUUGGUGCAGGAAUAUGUUCAUUCAGUAUUACCCUCAGUACCACCUAUUGCUACUUUUCUUCUCACAUUCUCCUUCAUGAUUCCAGCCUUGUGGAGUGUGUGGCGGCGUCCCAUACCACAGCAGUUCCUGAAGAGUUUGAUUCUUUGUGCAUUUGCCAGCUUCCUAUUUGGUUGGCAUGUUCAUGAGAAGGCCAUCCUGCUCAUAACCAUCCCUCUUGCGUGCCUGGCAUUGUUGGAGGAUGAAGCAGCCUCGCUUUAUGCUUUCCUUGCCAAUGCAGCUCUCUUCUCAUUAUUCCCAUUGUUCUUCACUCCCUUUGAGAACCUCUUGAAGGUCUUCAUAUGGAUUGCUGAUGUCACUGCUACUGUCUUGAUUGGUAGCAGUGUAUGUCUUCUACUCAUGGGGCCACACUUCUCUGGGCUUGGAUACUUCCUAUCCUUUCCUCCCCUUGAUGCUAAUCUCCUUCUACUGUGCGAUUGGAGUGAUGACAUCAUGGCUGGCAUUCUUGAGAUUGAAUUUCUCUCAGGUGUUGAGAGACAAGAGGAAAAUAAAGAGAGUGUGAAACCUGUUUCCUGCAUCAGACAUCUGGGUAGCAUGACCAAGAGUGGAAAUGCUGAAGGUGAAGAAGAAGAAGCUAAGGCAGAGAGUACAGAAUCUGUCUCCAAAAAUGUGACAGAGAAUGAGAGUGCUACUCAAGAUGAAGACAGUGAGGAUGAAUCUCUUGCAUUGCAAACCCUGAAACUUCAUCUGGCACAGAUGACUGCUAAGCGAGUGGAACACCUGAAUCAAGUUGCCUUUCUUGAAGAUUCCCUUGCUGUAUUGCAAAAGGAAAAUCAGCAAUUGAGGGCAAGGAUGGAAGCUGGGUUGCGUGAGUCCUCAGACUGGAGGCUGCAGGUUGCUGAGGAACUGAAGGUAUUGGUAUCCAAGCAGCAGCUGUUGGAAGAAGUCAAUGCCAGGUUACAAGAAGGCGCUGAAUCCAUGAAAAAGGAAUUGAAGGAGCUCCAGUUGGAUGAUUGUCAAUACAAGGUCUUGAAAAUGCAGAAAGAAGAGGAUCUUUCUGUAAAAGAUGUAGUGCGAAUACAUAUAUAUGAACAAACUCGGUUUCUUCGUCAAGAGAAUCUGAAGCUGUAUGAGACAAUGGGGGCAUUGAAAAGAGAGAAUGGAGAACUUCGGACGCGACUGGACUGGAAGACCAAAGAGGUGGAGCAUAUCCGGCUUCUCUAUGCUGAAUUGGAGAAGGUUCAUGCCCAAGUUGAGAGGGAAUAUGGGAAAUUCAAGGCCCUCUUUGGAGAUGCUGGAGAUCCUGUUGCUGACUAUGAGAGAUGGAAGGAGAAGCGCAAUCUCCUAAUUCAAGACACCAAUCACCUCAGGGAUCUGGUGUCCAAUUUGAGACUGGAGGUGGAAGGAAAAGACAUGGAGGUGAAGGCUUUGCAGGAAGAGAUUCGUAUCUUGACCAGAUCAAAGGAAGGGCUGGAGAAGGACAAAGGGAAUUGGGAGAAACGGACCAAGAAGGCUGAAGAAGAUAUUGUGCUCCUCAAUAAAUCCCUUACAGAAGCAAGGGAGAAUGCAACCAAAAGCAAGUUUCUCUUGGAGAAUUCCAGAAAGGAAGCUGAGUUGGAAUGGAAACAUCAGGUGGAGCAUGAAAGGAGACUGAUGGAAGGAAAAUAUCAUAGACAGCUGUCAUCUUUGAGACAGGAAAUUCAUGCCACAAGAGAGGAACAAAAGCAUUCUGAUGCACGGUUACAAGCACUCCAACAAGACUAUGAUGAUCUUUUGGCCAAGCAUGAAUGUUUGGGACAGGAGAAAUUGAGGAUGGAGUGUGAAGUGAGGCUCCUGGGGAUGCGGUUGGAGCAAGCUGAUGUUCGUUGCUCUGAGGAUUCCUUUGCCCUCGAUCUUCUUCGAAUUGAAAAUGAACGCCUCUCCCACAAGUUUCAGGAGAUGAAGUUGGAGGAAGUGAAAUGGCUGGAUCACCUGAUGAGGAAGGAAUUACUGGAUGAGGAAACUGAGGUCAUUUUAAGGAACCUGAAGACUAGGUUCAAGGACCUUCAAGCUGAAAAUGCACAGCUCAAAUCUCAUGAACUCCUUUCAGGUAAGGGGAAGAUAGGGGCAUAUGUGGAGGAGAUCAAGGCCUUGAAGAAAGAGGUUGCUCAUCUGUCGGAGAAGGUCCAACGACACAAUUGUGGUGAUCGCAACCUUCAUCAUGGGAGCAAGACUGGAGUGCCUCAUAAUUCCCCACGACCAAAGACUCGUGUUGUUCCCCAAUAAGUUUAUGUAAUUUUUCAUCUCAGUGGAUUCCUGCCAGAUGAUUGCAAAUGGAAACAUUCUCUACAAUCAUGACUAAAUUAAUAUUAUGGCUUAUGACAUCUUCCGUGAGCAUUAGUAGUAUGAUGAGACUUAAUCUAUGUAUUUUGAAGAACAGUCCAGAUCGUGCUAAGUGUCCUGUUGUUUCCAAUUGUCAUUGAAGGGUAUAUGUCAACUUGUGUAUCAAUGCAAUGCUCAUGAAGUGCCGCUUGUCACAGUGAUGUCAAAAUGAGGUCUGGUACAGAACUGGCAAAUAGGCAAUAUCACAGGAGAGUUCUGCUGGCAGUUUCCUGAUCUCAUUGAUACUUGAGAAAGCAAUAGGACCUGAGGAGGAGAAGUUUAUGCAACAAUUAAUUACUCAAGAGUUUUUAGUUUUUGAUUGGAACUACAGCAUCAACAUCCAAUUAGCAUAUCAUAACAUAUUGGCAUAUCUAAGUGCUGAACUCCUUGUUGAAACUGGUUCAUGACAGUACUUCAUAACGAGGGAUAAUGCAUUUGAUCCCAGAGAAAGAAAAGCUACAAUGUAGCCUUCAGGAUAUUCCAUGAUGGUGGACCCCCCUCCUAUACAAAAUGGCUUAGGAAUUUUUUAAGAAAAAACAAUGUUACAUUUUGAAACAGCUCUAUUUCCUAUGCUUUACUAUUCCAUUGUGAUUGCCUAUAUUAAAAUGCC